GAUUUGGAGCUGGGGGGGGGUGGCCCUGAGGAUGAGAGGCGGCCAUAAAGGCGGCUGGGGGCCCUCAGGGUGAGCGAGUCGGUCCUGGAGGGGCAAUGGAGCUCAGCGGCCUCGUGCGGGCCCUGAGGCCGGAGGGGCCUGGGAAUGGGGAGCAGCCUCCCCUCGCGGUCCCUCCAGCCGAGCGAGUCCUCCUGCAGCUCGGGCAGCUCCUCUCUGAGGGGCCCAGCUCACCCAGCAUCAUCCGAGACCUGGGAGCACUGGUGGACGCUGCGAGCUGCCAGUGGCUCCUCGGAGGGUUGAGCCCCACCACGCUGGGCGGGUUGGUGGCGGCGCUGAGCGCCUACGCAGCACCCCCAAAGCAGGAGCAGGACUCGGUGGAUCUCCCCGCUAAGGACAGUGCAUACGCUGCAGCAGCUGUGAGAGCAGCAGACGUUGGUUCUGUGUUUCUGCACCUCCUCGCAAAGCUGGAAGCUGCCAAGACUCAGGAAUCUCUGGGUGUCCCCGUGGUGGGUCCAGCCCUGUGCCAUGUGGCGGCACCCAUCUAUAUUUUUGCUAUCACGCACAUUGCAGAGAGGCCCUGGACCAAUGCGAAGUCCCGGGCAGCAGCACAGGAGGUGCUGGCAUUGCUGGUUCAGGCUGCAGACUGUGAGUCAGAGGCUGAAUUCCUUCGAGGAAAGAAGGAAGAUGAGGAGGGAAGAUUUGCAGCAGUGAUGGGGCUCCUGAAACAGGAGCUGACCAAAGACAAUUGGAAGCGCAACCCUGCCACGAAGUUUGUGUUCUCCUGGACACUGCCCCAUGUCACCCGGCCCUGGCUCAGCCGUUACUUGGAACGUGUCCUCCCGCCAUCGCUGCUCAUCUCUGAUGACUACCGGGAGGAGAACAAAAUCCUGGGUGUGCGCUGCCUCCAUCAUAUCAUCCUCAAUGUGCCAGCUGCUGACCUGUGCCAGUUCAACAGGGCUCAGGUUGUGUACCAUGCCCUCUACAACCACCUCUAUUCACGGGAGGCCCCACUCAUCCAGGUCGUACUGCUGUGCCUGCUGGACUUGCUGCCGAUCCUGGAGAAAGCCCAGCGGCAGCAGAAGCAGCCCAGGCCGACCUCCUCCUGCGACGCAGUGCUGCAGCUGCUGCUGACCCACAUGGAGGCAGAGCAUCGCCUCGCACUGCGCCGGGUGUACGCCAGGACCCUCCCUGCCUUUGUGCAGAGGCUUGGCAUCCUGAUAGUGCGGCACCUGAAGAGGCUGGAGCGAGUUAUCCUGGGCUAUCUGGAAGUCUCUGAUGGCCCCGAGGAAGAAGCUCGGCUGGGAAUACUGGAGACACUGCAAUGCACCAUGGAGCACGCUUGGCCCAGAAUGCCGUGUAGACUUUCUGUGCUCCUCAAAGCCCUCCUGAAGAUGAUCUGGGAUGUACACACUGACCAAGGUCCAACGCCUGAGCCAGUAAAAGCCGCCUUGCUCCAGGGAGCCACAGAAUGCCUCAUCCUGCUGGAUCGCUGCUCGGAAGGGCAAGUGAAGAUCCUGCUGGAAGGUGUCUACAGCAGCUGUGAGGAGAACCGUGUCCGAGAAUGCAUCAGGAAAGUGCAAGAGAACACGUGAGCUGUGACUGACCAAUGCUCACUGUGUGUUUUGUACAGUAAAACUGUUUUAUUU